CUCCACAACACAACACAAACAUGGCAAUCCUCAUUUCCUCCAAACAAUCCUCCCUUUUCAUCAUAUUCAUCUCAAUCUUAGUCUAUUCAACUCUCUCCCACGAGUUUUCAAUCCUAGGAUACGCUCCAGAGGAUUUAGCCUCCAUUCAUAAAGUCAUCAAUCUUUUCGAAUCAUGGGUUGCUAAACACAGUAAACUCUACGAAAGUCUAGACGAAAAGCUACAUAGAUUCGAGAUCUUCAUGGACAACCUUAAACACAUUGAUGACACAAACAAGAAAGUCAACAAUUACUGGCUUGGACUCAACGAGUUUGUUGACAUGACACAUGAAGAAUUCAAGAACAAGUUCUUAGGGCUCACCCCUGAGUUGAAACAAACCGAGUCCAAUGAAGAAUUUAUGUAUAAAGAUUUCGUCGAUAUGCCAAAAUCGGUGGAUUGGAGAAAAAAAGGAGCCGUGUCUCCGGUGAAGAACCAAGGUCAAUGUGGUAGUUGUUGGGCGUUUUCAACUGUGGCUGCGGUGGAAGGUAUAAACCAAAUCGUGACAGGAAAUUUAACCGUGUUAUCAGAACAGGAACUGAUUGAUUGUGACACGAGCUUCAACAAUGGCUGUAAUGGAGGUCUCAUGGACUAUGCAUUUGCUUAUAUUAUGAGGAAUGGUGGGCUUCAUAAAGAAGAAGAGUAUCCUUAUAUCAUGAGUGAAGGCACAUGCGAUGACAAAAAGGAUGUAUCAGAAAAGGUGACGAUUAGUGGGUAUCACGAUGUGCCUCGCAACAACGAAGAUAGUUUCUUGAAGGCACUUGCAAACCAACCAAUCAGUGUCGCAAUUGAAGCCUCUGGUCGUGAUUUCCAGUUUUACAGUGGGGGUGUGUUUGACGGGCAUUGUGGGACCGAAUUGGAUCAUGGAGUAGCAGCCGUUGGAUACGGGACAACCAAGGGACUGGAUUAUGUGAUAGUGAGAAACUCAUGGGGACCAAAAUGGGGUGAAAAAGGGUACAUAAGAAUGAAGAGAAAAACCGGGAAGUCCGAAGGGAUGUGUGGGCUCUACAUGAUGGCUUCCUACCCUACGAAAACAAAAAACUGAUAAAUGUCCUAAAACUUGUCAUGUUUCCGUUUCUUGAUUUGUAAACUUUUACGAGAUUUCUAAAUAAAAACGUCGC